CUUCACUUAAUUGAAACUUUAUUCUUGAAAUAUAUCAAACCGUCAUCUGAUAAAAGCUCACAGGGUGAGAUGAAGAGAUUCAGCUGAUCUUCCUACUCACAUUUGGUCAGAUCCCCGAGGUUCAGUCAGAGUUCAGAACAUUACAAUUUCAAAUAAAUCUGUGUUAUACUCCCACUCUAUAAGAGUUACUCAUACAACUAUAAUAAAGAAAGUUUGUGCGUUAAAGUUUUCCCUCAGUUUGACGCAGAGAUCAGAAGCGCGUUCACGCGAGCGCCGGUAGUUAUGUGUGUCGGAAGGAAAUCAGACAGUUUCUGUCACAUUACAAAUGACGCUUAUUUUUCUUCACACACACCUCUGCAGAAUAUGGUUCGUGUACUUGCUCUUGUGCACUUAUGUUUGUGGCAUUUCGACGGUGUGUUUGGUGAUGAAGUGAAGUCAGUGAUGGAGGGAGACACUGUCACCUUAUAUACUGAUGUUACUGAACUACACACACAUGAUGUGAUCCAGUGGAUGUUUGGUGUUCAGCGUCCAGAUGAGAUUAUAGCUGAAAUCAACACAGAAAUCAAUAUUAAAUCAAUCAAUGAGAGAUUGAAGAAUCACUUACAGUUGAAUCCUCAGACUGGAUCUCUCAUCAUCACAAACAUCACAACUCAACACACUGGACUUUAUCAACUAGAGAUCAUCAGAAAUACUGUUCAAAACAAACACUUCAAUGUUACUGUGUAUGCUCGUCUGCCUGUUCCCGACAUCUCCAGAGUCUCUUCUCAAUGUUCUUCAUCAUCUUCAUCAUCAUGUUGUUGUGUGUUGUGUUCAGUGGUGAAUGUGUCACAUGAUGUGAGCGUCUCCUGGUACAAAGGAAAGAGUUUAUUGUCCAGCAUCAGUGUGUCUGAUCUCAACAUCAGACUCUCUCUACCUCUGGAGGUGGAAUAUCAGGACACAAACACAUACAGAUGUGUGGUCAACAAUCCCAUCACAAACCACACACAACAUCUACACAUCACUCACCUCUGUCACACGUGCGCAGCACAUUGGGUAGUACCAGUGUCUUGUGCUGCUGGAUCUGUGAUGAUCGCAGCUGCACUUCUGAUCUUCUGCAUCUGCAGGAAACACAGACAAACACAACAACACGAAACAGUUCAGACUGAUGAAGAGGAGAUCACUUAUGCAGAUCCAACAUUCUGUAAAAGACGUGCACAUCAACCGGUGAGAUCAUUCAUGUCGUGUGUGCUUCACAUUUACAUGCAUGUGUAUGUAAUGAUCCAUUCUAAUGUCAUGAGAAGAGACUUUGUUUCGAAAUGCAAGUACCAGUAUCAGUAAACAGAUAUGAAUUCAAGUGCAUAUAGACAGUUUCAUCUUAACAACAUAAACAACCGUUACUGCGCAUGCGCACUUCUGUGACCCCAACUGAACUUCCGGUACACGUUCACAAACAAUAGAGUCUGUAGAUUAUUUCUGAUAACAUCAAAAGAAACCUUGGUUAUACUCGUCUCUCUAAUAUUUCGAAUUUAGACUGCGAUACCAAGCUCAACCGCUAGAUGUCAGUGUGCCACACGCUCUCUUUAAAUGCGUCAAAACUACAGGACCCUUUCAACAAAUUGUGUAUUGAAUAAAAUGAACAUACGACAAAACUCAACAAAUCAUUUAUUUAAUAUAAUUAUUAUACAGUAAAAUAAUAAUGAAUUAAUAUUACCAUAAAUAAAAUAAAAGAUAAAUAGUUAUAUUAUUAGACACUAGCCAAACACAAACCGGAAGUUAACUAGGGGUCAGGCGCGCACGCGUCCUAUGAGACGGUCUAUAACAUAACAUUAUAUCUCAUGAAACAGAACCCAAGUGCAGACGGCUCUCAACAAAAAUACCUUUUAUUUAACAUGGGACAAAACAUAACUCAAAAUCCCUCGAGGGCGAAAACAAGAACAAUAAACUUGCCGGAGAAGCCAGACCGGUGCGACAGGAACAAGACGGGGAUGUAGACAAACGGUCCAGCACAGGGCAGCAAACACAGGUCAUUAAAUAGGGAAGCAACUAAGGAGAGGUAAUGAGGGAGACAGGUGUAGGGCGUGAAAUAAUGAGGGGAUAAUGAAUAAGGAAACAAGGGGGUGGGGCUAAGACAAGACAUGGGGCUGUUAUGAUCCUGUCAGCCUGAACUAGAAAAACAACUACAAAAAGGACAAGAUCAUGACAAUUAUAUCUUACCAAAUCAUUUCAUAUCUCUUACCUUCGUG